GUGUUUAUUUCUGCAAGACAUCUGGACUGCAUUAUCUCUAAAGUAUAAAACACCAACUUGAACUGCCUUUCAGAAGCAAUUCACUAUGGAUCGGACUCUAGCAGUACUGCUCUGUUUACAGAGUAGCCUGCUUGUUACUGCCUUUCAGUGUUCAGACAAAGUGAUCAUCUCAGCGGUGAAAGAAUACAAUGUGGAAAAUACACACAGACAUUGGUUUGACUGUAUAAAAGUGAACACCGAACAUUCAGAGCUUCCCUCAGAGCCAGAUUCUUUCAUAGUAAAGUUUCAAGUUGGAGAGACAAAAUGUAGGAAGGAGCAUUCAAACACAAGGACUUGCCCUGUCAAGAAUGGCUCGAACGCUGUGAUGGGAGACUGCAUUGCAUUGGUUUCGUCAGUUAUUAAUGAAGAAAUUCUCCAUGUGUCUUGCAAUCUUAAUCAUGGGAGAAGUGGAGGAACCAUGCAGAGUGGAAAAACAAAGCGAGCUGUACAGAUGCAGGGAAACAAGACAAUGAAAUAUCGACCUGGAAUGUUUUCCGUUGCAUCCAGAACUUCCAAUGAAUAUCUAACAGAAUCACAACAAAUCAUUCCAGUAUUGGAUUCAGCUAGUAAAAAAGUCAAGCGAGACACAAAGUCAGCGAAGAAAAAACGCAAGAAACCUCGUAUAGGAUCAGUCACCUUACUGGCCGCUGGCGUAGGAUAGGUUCUUGGGUAACGUCAGACCAGAACAGGAAGAACAAUGUAGGGGUAGAAGAGACUAAUGAGAUGUCCAGACAAGGAAGUGAAAUGAAGGCUUCAAAUAUACCAAAUGAACAGCAUUUGUAGCUAAUGUAUUUACACUAAAUAAGAAAGCAAAGACAACAAACCAUGGAGUACUUUUUAGCAAUAAUGUACAUGAUUUUUUUUUAUGCGGUUGUAGCUAACAAAAUAAUUCCAUAAGUUUUGUGCACCUCCAUUUGUUAUGCAUGCCUCAAAUGUCCAGUUUUGAAGCCUGUGUUAUUUUAAACAGGUAUUUUCACUUUAAAACCUAACUGGUACCAUACUACACUUGAUAAUUGAAAGCUCUAUUUAAAUCAAAGCUUUUAGAUAGUGUUGUACUUAAUUGGUAAUUUCACCUGGAGGGGAAAAUUGUCCCCACUCCUUCAACGGCUUAUUUACUGUCAAUAACCAAUCAGCUGCUUCCUCUAUUGACUGACAUGCUUUUAGCCAGUAACAUCCUAUGACCCAGAAUACACUGCUGAGGUGAAAUGGAGCAGGAGGUGCAAGGGCACUGCCAUAUUCAAAUGCUCCCCUGAAAAGAGUAGUAUCAUCUGAAAUACCCACAAAGCCCUUCCCACCCAUCGUAUAAAUAUCAGCCAUCUGCAUUGUGGAGCACAGGUUGGGUAUACAAUAUUCUGUGGAGACUAGGUACAUGUGAUAUUUCACCUUUUAAACAAGGUUGUAUAUUUGGAAAUAUGAGAACAUUUUAACUUCCUUUAGUCUAAAGUAUUAACAGAUUUUUUAAAAUGAAAAUAUGUGUUUCUUACAGAACUGCACAUUUGAGACCUAUGUAGCUAAUGGAAGUGGUAAACAAUGAACUACACCUUAAUACCAGUUCCUCUGUAUACAGGGGUGGAAAACAUUUCUUACAAGUUUAUUACAAAAUUUCUGAUUGAGUCAUUAAAAUAAUAAAAUUACACCUUCACCUUUUCCCUUGGAGAUUUAAAUCUAACAGUCAACCAAAAGGAGCAGAACUCAUAAUCCAUAGAGCCAGCAUUUUAAAACUAUUGGUCUUUGCAUAUUCAGUUCACUGGUACAGAUCUGUGCAGUGAAUAAUAGCCAGUUCCAAAGUUUAUAUACACAUAUUCUCAUGUAUGUCUCCGCUUUAAGAGCAGUUCUUCUUUUGUUGAUUACUGUAUAAUGCUAUCACCAUAGGCAAAAUUCAUAUUCAUUUAACAUAAAAAAAAUCCUUAUGCUGAAACAAAAUGCACCUUUACAAUAAUAUGUUGCUGUAUGUACACCACCUUAAUGUUUGCUUUUUUAUAUGUAUUAUCAUGACUUCCAUACAUAUUAUAAUUAAUGAUAUUAAAAACAUUUGCAUGAUUGUCUAUA